AUGGACAUGGAACAAAACAAUAUGCAGGCAGAGGAUGAAGCCAAUAUACCGGUCAGCGAAGCCGCCGCGACAAUGCGAUUGCAGGAGCAAUUUACGGUGGAAGAUAUGAUUCAAUCGACAUUAAGAGCCCUAUUAAUAUAUCAAGACAAGUCAAAGACAACCCACAGUACAGGGCCACGAGAAAAAGAGCAGUCCUUUGAUAACAAAGAAAUAGCUAACCUAUUACCUGAGUUUUCUGGUCAAAAUACGGACAUUACACUAUGGCUAGAAAGACUUAAUGCAGUACAAAGUGUGUAUAAUGUGCCUGACAAUAUUAUGCAAAUUAUAGCGAUGGGAAAAUUGAUGGGCCAUGCAAAAAACUGGUUUAAUUCCAAAGUUGACUACGUUAUGAUGGAUUGGGAAACACUAAAAAGUGAAAUGAGAAAGAUGUUCUCUAACCCGGCAGAUGUCGUGAUGCUGCGCAGAAACUUUGAAAGAAGAAGGUGGAAAUCAGGUGAGAAGUUCACUAACUACUACCAAGAGAAAAUUACUUUAGGAAAUAGUGCAGGAGUGCCAGAAGGUGAGUUAAUCCAAUAUAUUAUUGAGGGUUUUGACAAUCCAACACUCCAGUGUCAAGCUAGAAUGAUGUUGCAUGAAAUUAGAACCAUUGAGGAUCUAUUUAGCAGAAUGUCCAAUGUGGUAAAAGAUACUGUCCCACAGCUUAAUCAUAAUAGGUUUCCGAAGAGUACAGCUAGCACUUUUCGUCAAAGAAGUUCCACACCAGCAGUGCAGCGUAAUGGAAUCCGUUGUUUCAAUUGUAAUCAAGAUGGGCACAAAUUAAGUGAUUGUACCAGGCCACGCAGGGAACGAGGUUCAUGCUUUAAAUGUGGAAAGAUGGAUCACAGACUUAGAGACUGUCCAGAGCGAGUUCAGCCAGAUAGUACAACCAAUGUUGUACAAGAAGCAGGAGUGCAACCCUAUAUGGUAAACAUAGACUACUCUGUGGAGAUGGAUCUAGCAAAAAUUAACUCUGCGUCUUCAAUUGCAGAAAGGAAACCGAUAAAAAAAUUAAAAGAUCUACCAGUUGGACAGCCGUUUCCAAUACAGUCCGCAAAAGUGGUGAAGGGCAACUUUGGACCAGCAGUUUUGCUAGAUAUGGGAACGGAAGUAGUUUUUCUGCCUCAGCGGGUGACGGAAGUGUACCAACCAGCCAUAGGGACACUUUGUGGAGGCAAAUAUUCUGUUACAUUCGAAGGAGAAGUAGACGUUGUUAAUGUUUACGCUUUAGAAUUAGUUCAAACAGACAAAACAUUAUUUUACACAGUAUUACCUGCUAGAUUAACGGAAAAUAAACGGGACACACACGUUAAUUUACUUUUAGUUCAAAAUAAAUAUUAUCCGCGCUUAAAUGAUUAUGAUGCUCCACCAGCUGAUGAUGAUUGUAACGAAGAUAUUAAAUACCAUUAUUGUUGGAUUAAAAAUCUUUCGCGUCUGGUUAGUAGUCAGUUAAAUAAGAACAAUCACAAAAAAUUUAUUUGCGAUAGAUGUAUGAAUUAUUUUCAUCAGCAAAAUAAAUUAGUUGAGCAUGAAAAAGUGUGUUCUAAAUUUAAUAAAUAUAAAAUUAACUUUCCAAAAGAGAGCCACGUCGAAUUUAAAAACUUUACAUAUCAGCAAACUACUCCUUUUGUAGUUUAUGCAGAUUUUGAGUGUCAAUUAGAAAAUUAUAACCAAAGCAACGUAAAUUUAACUAAAACCGUAAAAUAUCAAAAACAUGUUCCAUAUAGUGCCGGUUUUUAUGUAAAAUGCAACUUUGACGACAACCUUUCGUAUUUCGAUAGCUACCGAGGUGCAGAUUGUAUGGAUUGGUUUGCGAAUCGUAUGGCUGAUGUUGCGAAAUUUGUAAACUCAAAAAUAAAAACAAUUACGCCUAUGAUUGAAAAAGCAAAUGCAAGUACAGCAACAUCGUACUCUUUUCGAUUUAUGGGGGCUUCUCUUGAUGAAUUAGUUUCAAUUUUAUCUGAUUCAAAAAAGAAAAUUUUACAGAGGGAAUUUCAAAAUUUUGAUGAAAAUAAAUUUAAACUACUAACGCGUAAAGGAGUUUUCUGUUACGAUUACAUUGAUUCUUUAGAAAAAUUAAAUGAAAAAGAUUUGCCCUCAAUUGAAAAAUUUUACAAUAAAUUAAACGAUGAAACUAUAAGUGAUGAGAAGUAUGCUCAUGCACAAUCUGUUUGGCAGCAUUUUAAUAUUCAAACUAUAGGGGAAUAUUCCGAUAUUUAUUUAAAAACAGAUAUUCUGCUUCUUGCUGACGUUUUCGAACAAUUACGUAAAAAAUGUUUCUCUACCUAUGGUUUGGAUCCUGCGUGGUACUAUACAAUGCCCGGAUAUACGUGGGACUGUAUGCUCAAGUAUACUGGGUGUAGGCUAGAACUAUUAAAGGAUCCAGACAUGGUGUUGUUUUACGAAAAUGCCAUAAGAGGUGGAAUAUCCGUGUGUAGUAAUCGAUUUUCGGAGGCCAACAAUAAAUAUAUGUCUGAAUACGAUCCUAAAAGCCUUCCAAGUACCUUAUGUACCUGGAUGUAA